AUGGGUUCCAAGCUUUCUACAUUUGAGCAUCCAGAUUUAAAUGGAAAAGUCGUCAUUAUUACCGGAGCGACUGCUGGCGUAGGUAAAAGUUUGGCCGCAUAUAUUGCAUCCUAUAAUCCAAAAAAGUUGAUUUUGCCCGUAAGAAAUCUAGUAAAAGGGGAAGCGACCUUGGAACAUAUCAGAUUGAGAAAUGGACAUAGCGAUAACGUUGAAUUGUGGGAAAUGGAUCUCGCCGAUUUAACUAGCGUGAAAUCAUUCGCUGAAAAAUUUAUCAAAGAAGUCGGUGAAUUGCAUUUAUUAUUUAAUAAUGCUGGUUUGGCCCCCCUAGAGUUGAUGAAAACCAAAAACAACUUUGAAGUAACUUUUCAGGUUAAUUAUUUAUCUCAAUUUCUGUUAACGAAUUUAUUGUUGGAUACAUUAAAGAAAACCACAUCUCCUGAAUUUCCCUGUAAAAUCAUUCAUACGAGUUCAAAGGAACACAGAUCAGGAACAAUUGAUUUUGAUAAUUUUUAUGGUCGACAAUCAUCAAUAAACAAUUAUGUAAACACCAAAUUAAUGGUGCUGAUAUUUAGUAAUGAACUGAACAGAAGAUUGCAAGGCACCAACAUAACGUCAAUAGCGGUUCAUCCGGGGUUAAUAAAACCAAAGGCGUUUCAUAUUUAUAACAAAAGUCGAAAACUUAAAGGGAAACUAAUUCAUGGUAUAUUUAUGCUGCUCGCUAAAUCACCCGAUUAUGGCGCUUUACAAAUAUUAAUCCCAACUUUCUCGAAAGGUAAACAAAUUCAUUUGGGUUACAAUUAUUAUGAAAAUUGUAAAGAAGUUAAACCAAACGACAAAGCAUUAAACGAAGCUUUAGCCAAAAAACUUUGGGAUCAUUCCGAUAAAUUACUUAAGUCCAAAAUAUCUUAUACUCCUUGCACUAUGAAAUAUUUAAGAAAGCAAGCAUUUUAA